UGCUAUGACGACGGCGUUGCAGCUCGUCUCCGAAGGCAUUCGGCUACUUUCUGCUCUUGAGUAUUUGGGAAAACUGUGUCGAAAAAAGCCGCAGCGGCUAUGAAAAUGAAAAUACCAACACGUUUAAAAAUGCUGCAGGGACUCAUGUUGCUUCCUUCCGAUAUCACCACGGAGUAAGAGAGAUAACUUUAUAAUGGAGACCUUAGAAGAAGUGGACCGCACGGCUGUGAACGGGUCGGACCAGCAGCUCCCAGCACUGAAGGACGGCACAGUAGGAGAGCAGCCUCCUUGCAGGACACCAGAUAGGAGACAAGUUGAUGCCCUACUUGACAUCAGUGAGGAGGACUUCUUGAAAGAGCUGGAGCCACAUGAGUAUCACUGUUACUCUGUUUGGCAAGAAGCUGUCAAAGGUUGGGCCAGAGUUGCCCCACUGAGCUGCAUACUUGUGACUCAGAAGAGAGAGAAGAAACCAAAGCAUGAGGAGGUGGACAACCUGCCCCCCUUGUCUGUUUACCCACAAGUCCCUAAUGCAAACAGCUCAGCCAGCGCUGCAGAGCACCACUUUGAGUCUCAUGUGGGCCCACGUAGCUUUAAGAAAUCCAUGCCAGUAAACCAGUACACAGAAUUGUGGAGUAACACUGCUGUGGCAAGUCUGCGGGAAGACGUCUCAGAGUUGCCCGUCCUCAAUGCAAUGCAAAAGGUCAUGUCAAAUCUCUUACUGGAAGAGAAGACAGAGGAGGAAGGGAUGCUCAGAGAGUCUGUGGUGCAGAACAGGCCAACUAAGCACCAGAAGCCCAACCAUAGGGCUAAUAAUGCAGUGCUGCCCAUUAAAAACUUCACAUUCUUACCACCAAUUGCAUCACUACGUCUGAAUCCUCAGAGAGUUGGUGGCAAGAGGGCUGCGGAGGGAGAAACCAUAGAGGAGAACUGUUUCAUGUUUGAUCUGAAGGGCGGGACAAGAGGAACAAGAGUGGAACCCGUAACUAACCUGACCUCCAAGUUCCGGACAUGUCAGCAUGACCCCCACUUGUUCUCUGCUGCAAGUAUUUCACUCCACAAGAGGUGUCAAGUUCCCGUGUCUCCCAGACGUGACACAGCACACCACGCUAGCUUCGCGAUGGGCAGGAGUCUCAAACACUUGGGCACCGCAGCUGGUGCACAAGUCCGUCUGCGCCCAAGUAAGACUGUGUGUGCUGUCAAGAUGUAUGAUGGCUGUGAAAUAAAUGUUUAACAUGGCUGCUGAU